GAAACCGGACCAAACACCACUUGGCAGGAUUUUGUGGUUUUGCAGUGACGUUUGGCUCCAGCAGCAGUCAGGUGUCCUGCGUCAGGAUUAGAUGAUUUCAUUGUGUUUAAGCAUCAGAAGCCCCGCCCUCUCUGCUUCCCUGCUGCUUUGGUAUGUCUCCGCGUCACGAGUUUGUGUAGCAAUCGAAAAGAGGAAGAAAGCCCAGACAGGCUGCGUGAAGCCACAGCCUCCUGUGACGUCACAUCAUGUCAUGUUAGAUCCUGUAACGACGCGCGGAGAUCAGCUCUUCCUCAGAUGGUCUUCCUCUCUCGGAGUCGUCAUGGAUUACUCCAAACCGUUCUCGGAGCUCAACGAGCGACUGAGGCCUCGGCUGGCCUCCAGCGACCUGCUUCACUCCUCCCUGUGCAGACUGGAGGAGAGGAAAGCCACAUCAUACACACCGAACGUCCUCCCGGCAGAACCAGAACCACAGAUGGACCCAGAGGAACCAGAAGAAGAUCUGAUCUGCAGCAGGACCGAUGAGGGGCUUUGCUCUGAUCUGAUGCCUUUCAUCAACUCCUACUUCAACUUUGACCAGAACGUAAAAGACGAGGAUGAGGCCAGCGACAGCCGCAGCAUCACUCAGUCCGAGGAGACGGACAGUCCAAGCGAGCUGCCGUCAGAGGAGGCGAUGGACUCUUUAAAGGCUGGAACCGGGUCUGGACCAGGAGACAGCCCCUUCCAGAGGUUCUACGCCGACAAAACCUUACCGGACCUGAUCAGCACCGGCAGGCCGCUCAGCAGGCGCAGGACGCUGACACACGUCUCCGAUACGCUCAAAGAGGUCCGCAGGGAAGUGGAGCUGUCCCGCAGGAGGAGCAUCAAGCUAAAGGCUCAGGUGGACAAACUGCAGGGAAGCUCCGGCUGGAGCCAGCACCGAGAGAGGGUCACAGACGAGGUUCUGUCGGUUCUAAGGCUGCUGCAGCCGCUGAUAGCGUCAGAGUCCGGCCGACCCGAGCCGCGAGGCGGGGAGAACCGCCUGGACUCUGCCCUGGCGGAGCUGAAGAAUGUGGCUCGACAGCUGGCAAUCAGCCAUACCGAGCAAGAUUCAAAACCUGGAGUAAGUGGAGCAGAGGAGAGUGCUGUCCUGCAGCAGGCUCUGAGGGACAGAGACGAGGCCAUAGAGAAGAAGAAGGCGAUGGAGGGCGAGGUGCUGCGGAGUAAGACCGAGAUGAUGGUGCUGAACAACCAGCUGCUGGAGGCGGCACAGAAACGUCUGGAGCUGUCGCUGGAGCUGGAGGCCUGGAAGGAGGACUUCCAGCGUCUCCUCCAGCAGCAGGUGCUGAGCCAGCAGCUGGCAGAGCAGCAGGCCCAGAAUAAGUCUCGCAAGGGCCUGCUGCGGAGAAACAAGCAGCCUCCCCUCCAGCGGCCGGUCAACUUCUUGUACACGUCACCUGCACCUCCCACCAUCAACUCCAACCAGAUCUUUGUGAACAAAUCUGCCAGUUCUCCUCCUCUAACUCCCAGCAUCAAUGCUUCUCCGCUCGCUUCUUCUCCCAACGGCGGGACGCGCACCUGGCGGGACAAGCUGAGGAAGAGCAGGCCUCGCCUCGGGUAUCAGGACGCAGCCGAGCAGGAGAAGGAGUGGGGCAGGGCAGACGAUGGCUUCCAGGCGGUUUCGCUCGACUGAAGCCGUCAGGACAUUUAAUAGACUGGAUCUUCCUAAAGACUCAUGAAUUAAAAACAUGCUGCUUAUUGUUCGUUUGACUGCUCACAGUGAUGGGAGUCCCGUUUCACACCAGAAAGUCGGUCUCACAUGAAUCUGCUGAGCUUUUAGUUUGGAUGUGACUCAGGUUUGAAGAGGAGACAUUCUCCAGUCCAGCAAUAGAGAAAUAUUUAGUAAGUAGUUAUAUUUACUCGGUCUUGCUCUAGUUGCAUGUCGGGAUUCUUGAAUUGUUGUGAGCAGAAACCAAGUUAACUAUUAUGAGAAAAACAAGGACAUAUUUUUCUCCAGUCCUGUUUAUCAAACAGUAAAGGAAUAUAUUCACAACGUGCUACAACCUAUUAGAAAUGCUAACAACGUCUGAUACUUUUCACAGAGUUUUAGUUGCACAAUUAAUCUGAAUUAAUUUUUUUCCAACUCAAAAUCACAAAAACAACAAACCAUGUAAACUACAAACUAAAGCAUUCAGGAUGUUGUUUCAGCCUUCGUUAUUUAUUGAUAAUGUAAGUAGAGGUUGUGCUACGCCGUGUUGGUGUGUUUGUAAAAAAGGGUUUCGCUAUUAUGACCAUUUUAUGGUUUCUGAAUAAAAGGAACUAUUCUUCUAUUUUACUAACAAAUGUGUAUUUUCCUAAUGAUGUAAUUUUGAUCAAAAUUACAGAACUAAAUAAAAAUGCUUAAAAAUA